AUGUUAAUCGGAGUCUGCCAUAUUGUAACAGCAUUCCUUCUUUCCUUAGGUCUUACCCCAGUCUCUCUCUUGCCCUGUAAGAUCCGUCUGCCCUCUCUCUGGUUCACAUAUUUCACUCGACCGCCGCCCUUUAUCCUUGUGCUGGGAAUGUUGAUCGGAGUCUGCCAUAUUGUUACGCAGUCCUCCUUCCCUACGCUUACCCCAGUCUCUCUCUUGCCCCGUAAGAUCCGUCUGCCCUCUCUCUGGUUCACAUAUUUCACUCGACUCCUGCCACCGCAUCUGUGCAACUCGAAGCGUUAUUGGCCCUAG